AUGGAUAGAGCCAAAGAGCAAAUUGCUGAAAAUUUCCAAAAGAAAGAGUCAAGGUAUAAGAAAGUGUGGAAGAUCAUUGAUACUAGGUGGAAUUUACAAAUACAUAGACCUCUCUAUGCAGCAGCAUAUUAUCUCAAUCCUAGGUUCCAUUAUGACAAAAACUUUAAUCCAGAUAAUGAGGUUUUGUAUGGUUUAUAUGAAACUAUUGAAAGAAUGGUUUCAGAUAGAAGGACAAGAUUUUUGAUUGAUCAACAACUUAAGAAGUUUAAGUCAGCCAAAGGAUUGUUUGGAAUGAAUAUGGCAAUAGACACUAGAGACAAGAAGCAACCCACUCUUUGGUGGGAGAGUUAUGGUGGAGAUGGCAAAGAGUUGCAAAAGGUAGCCAUGAGAAUUUUGAGUCUUACAUGUAGUGCAACAGGAUGUGAAAGGAAUUGGAGUACAUUUGAUCAAGUGCAUACUAAAAGAAGAAAUCGUUUGGAACAACAAAGACUAAAUGCACUUGUGUUUGUUAAAUAUAACCUACAAUUAGAGAUGAGACAAAAGUGUAGAGAAGAGAAGGGAGAGACUUAUGAUCCCAUAUGCUUAUCCAAUAUUGAAUCAAAUGAUGAAUGGAUUGUUGAAAAAGAGGAUCCAUGUUUACCAAAUGAUGCUUCAUGGAUGGAUAUAAAUGAGUGCUUUACUUUUGAAGAGGGAGCUUCAAGUAAGAAAAGAAAAAGAGGUAUUUGUGCUGAUUUAGAAUUAGAACUUGAACAAAAAAUACUAAAAAUUUAUUUAUUCAAAUACAUAUUGUCAUGUUUGUUCCAUUAUUUUGGUUUUAUAAGUGCAAGAAACUUAAAUGCCAAAGCUGAUAAGAAGGAAAAAUCUAUAAUAGAAGAUGAUAAUGAAAUUGAAGGCAUUAUUAGAGAUGGGGUGGAAGAAGAACUUUUGAUUUUGGAAGAUGAAGAGGAUGAACUAAGUGACAUAGAUCUUGGGGAUGAUGAAUAA